GCGAUCACUCUAACUCUCAGUACAUUGUUCCGUUCUCAUUUGCCAAUUUGGUUCCGUCAUUCAGUCUUCCGAGCUCCCGUUUCCUCUCAAGAACUACGCAGUACAGUAGGCGCUCGACAUGGACCCCGAUACGAUCCCGAACCUUCUCCAAGAGCAACGGGAUCAGGCGCCAGAUGAGCUGCAACACUACUUCAUCGACUUUGAGGAUUACUGGGAGCGGAAACUGUGGCACGAGCUGACGGACAAGCUCAUCGAGUACUUCGACCAACCCCACAGCGCGCAGCAACGGAUACCGCUAUUCGAUGUGUUCAUCAAGAGCUUCGCAAACAAGAUCAACCAGCUCAAGCUCGUGCAGCUCGGACUCAGCACAGCAGAGCUCAGAGGAGAGCAGGAACGGUCAGAAUUCCUCGCCUCGCUAGCCAAGUCGGUCAACAAACCCGCCUCGCAAGACGCCUACGUCUACGCCACAGUCGCCGUAGCCGAGUUCCAGCUCUUCCAGAGGGAUUUGGAUGCUGCAAAGAAGAAUCUGGACGAGUGCGAGCGCAUAUUAGACACGUUCGACUCGGUGGAGAACAUUGUGCAUGCGGCCUUCUACCGUGCGUGCGCGGAGUACUACAAGCGGCAAAACGAGUUCGCAUCAUACUACAAGAACGCUCUCCUCUAUCUAGCAUGCGUCGACCUAGAAGAUCUCGAAGAGUGGGAAUUACAGUCCCGGGCUUACGACCUCAGCAUCGCGGCCCUGGUCUCCGACAGCAUAUACAACUUCGGCGAGCUCCUGCUGCACCCCAUCCUCAACUCCCUCAAAGAUACAGAGCACUCGUGGCUGCGCGAUCUGCUCUUCGCAUUCAACAGCGGCGACCUGCGAGCGUACAAGAUGCUCGCCAACAACAUCAACAAAAUGCCUCUACUCAAGGAGCACCAGAAAUUUCUGUACCAGAAGUCUUCGCUCGCCGCCUUGACGGAAGCCGUGUUCCGACGCCCGCCGCAUGACCGCGCCAUGACGUUCGACACGAUUGCCAAGGAGACGAGCGUGCAGAAGGAAGAUGUGGAGCAUCUGAUUAUGAAGGCGUUGAGCUUGGGCUUGAUCAAAGGGACGAUAGACCAGGUUGCCGAGGUGGCCAACAUCAACUGGGUGCAGCCCAAGGUGCUGGACAAGAAGCAGAUCGAGAGCAUGAGGAAUAGGCUCCGGGAGUGGGAUUCCAGUGUCAACCAGCUGGGUAACUGGAUCGAAGGGGUGGGUAAAGACGUUUGGGCUGCUUAGAGCUGUCUGCGUGGAUAUGAGGUGAUGGUGAUGGCGCGGCAUGAGGACGAGAUAGACGGGAAUGAAGGGUGUUUGAGGGACGGCGCCCUUUUGUCCCGAGAGCGGGACGCCCAUAUCAUGAUAGAUAAUGGCCUAGCGUAAUGAACAUGAUGCCAGGUCGAGGUCCCUACAUUGCAAUCUGGUAUCGAAAAAGGGGAAG